CCGUUUGACAAGCGACAGGCGCUUCUCGUCUUUGACCCCACGGUCUGCAGCUUGCUAGUAACGUUAGUUAACAAACGUUAGGUGCAUCCCGAGGAGACAGGAUGGGUGUAUCAGAUUUACAAUUCGAUACAAAUGCGGGAGCUGUGGUGGAUCUUUCGGCCAGGGGAAUGCAAAAGCUGGACCAGAGUUUCACCUGCUCAGAGGACACUCACACUCUCAUCCUGGACCGAAACAAUAUAAUGAAACUAGACCAUCUGGAAAGGAGCCCAGGCCUUCAGCAGCUAUCUGUAGCCAGUAACCGUCUGGUGAGAAUGAUGGGCGUGUCUCGGCUAACACAGUUGACAGUCCUCAAUCUUCCAAACAACAGUAUCGGAUACAUCGAGGGGCUCAGAGACCUGCCACACCUCAAAUGGCUGAAUCUGUCUGGGAACAACAUUAAAGUCAUCGAGCAACUCAACAACUGUGUUUCCCUUCAACACUUGGAUCUGUCGGACAAUAACAUAUCCACCAUUGGUGAUGUGACUAAACUGGUGGCAUUAAAGACGCUGUUACUCCAUGGAAACAGCAUUACAACACUUCGUGCUGUUCCUGCUCACCUACCUGCCAACUUAUCCAUCUUCUCCCUGGCAGAAAAUGAGAUACGGGAUCUUAAUGAAGCAUCUUACCUGGCCCCUCUCCGUGAACUGGAGCAGCUGUCCAUUAUGAGCAACCCUUGUGUAAUGGCAACACCCUCAUUGCCAGGUUUUGACUAUCGGCCAUACGUCAUGAGUUGGUGCCUGAGCCUCAAGGUUCUGGAUGGCUAUGUCGUGUCGCAGAAAGAAGGUCUCAAAGCCGAGUGGCUUUACAGUCAGGGAAAAGGACGUUCAUACCGACCAGGUCAGCAUGUUCAGCUGGUUCAAUACCUGGCCACUGUUUGCCCUCUGACGUCAUCGCCAGCGCUGGAGACUGCAGAAGACGCCAAACUGGAGAAGAUCCUCAAUAAGCAGAGGUUUCACCAACGGCAGCUGUUAGAGGAGACACGAGAAGGCUGUCCGAGUCCUCCUCGCCCCACUCAGCUAGACGUGGAGAGGCACAGUCCGUCCCAUCCAGUCCCACAGGGGGGAGCCAGAGAGGUGAAGCAAAUCAGUGCGCUGACCCCCCCUGCUGCUCCAUUAGUACAGGAGACCGAGCCAGUCGUGCAGUUCAACACCUGGAUGAGCUGUGAUUCCUCUCACCCGCCGCCGCCGGUAGUUCGCAGCCCGCGGCUCGGAGAGGAGCACAUCUAUCUGGAGGAUGUUCAGACGGAUGAGGAGAAACUCAACGGCAGCAUGCUUUCCUCAGAGUCCACCUUUCUUCCCUUCACAUCUGAUCCGGAGCCGCAGACGGUCCGCUCUGACAGCGAGGACGAGACAGAGACAUUUGAACCCGAUUCCCUGGCUCCAAAGCGGCCAGCACAGCCCAAAAGACACGACACAAACAAGACACAUCAUUCACCCCCAGUGGGUGGGCAGGAGAGGGGUCUUGUAGAGGACGUUAUUUUGGGUGCAGCUCCAACAGCUCAGCCACCGGAAGCCGGAGUAAGCAAACCUCAAUGUGGUGUGGAAACAUCCUCUGACUUUGGGAAGGAAGAGAUAAAAGAAGCCCCCAAGCAGGAAAACACAGGUGUGUGUGCCAGUAAAUCAAGUUUGAUGGAAGCAGACCGGGCAGCGGUUAAAAUCCAGUCAUGGUGGAGGGGACAGCACACGCGCUGUUGUCACCCCGCGGCCAAAGAGGUGCGCGGCGAAAUUCGUCUGCGCAGGAUGCAAGAGUACAUCCUCUCCCUGUCUGGACAGUUGGACAGGGUCCAGCAGCAGUAUGAAGAAGAGAGGUUACAAAGACUGGUCCAGGAGGAAGCUGUAAAGUUCCUGUGGAAACAGCUCCAGUCUAUGGAGCAUUGGAAGCAGUCUGUGGAGCAGCAGCUGGCGAGCAUGAGUCAGGCCGUCCCCCCGGCUCAGGUCUCAGCUGCAGGACUGUGUGCGGCCGCCACGCCUGUCACAUCGAGCACGGCGAACCCAUCCUCCGCAGACUCCUCGUUCCCCGACUCUGGCUUCCAGUCAACCAGUGAUCAGCAGGCAGCGCAGGAGGACAGUUUCCUGAGCAGCGGGACGGCGGAUUCUCCGAAGACGGUGCGAGCCCUCAGCCCGCUUCACAGCGGCCUCACCGGUGCGGACAGCGCGGACUGCAGCCUGCUGGAGCAGUACCUCUCCUCGGUGCAGCAGAGGGAAGAGGAGGCGGAGGAGGGGAUCAGCGAUAGAACAGAAAGAGCACGGCCCGUCUCACCAGCGUCGGCCGGCAAAACCACACCGUCCCCCUCUUCCCCUCAGACAACUCAAGACAACUCAUAACUGAGUUAAACUCACUGAAACUCUGCUUCGUACAUUUCAAUCUGUUCUGUUGUUUAACAUUUUCCGCUGUGACUAAAAGAAAUUGUCGCGAUGUAACUUCAGAAUAUAUUAGUAUCUGGAAAGCAAUCAUACAUAAUGGAAAACCCAGUAGAUCUAUUGGUUAAAAGACCAGGUAUUGUACAUCGUCUUCUCUUUAUCAACAUCCACUGUAUUAAAUACAAUAUGUGAUAAAACAAUUAAUCAGAUCAGAAGCUGAUGUGUGAAACUUGUGGCUUACUAUCAAUCCAAUCUAAUUCAAGAGAUGAACCGUUUUAUAUCGAUUGUAUGUAAGUCUAGAUCAUCUAAAAAUGUUGUAGCAUCUUUAGUUUGAAAAUAUGUAAAUAAAUCUAAAAUAAUUAUUUUCCAA